UCUCUCUGGAAACUUCCACAGUCGUCUGGUUACUUCGACACAUUCUUCUCUUUUCCCUUCCCACCUCCUCCUGUUCGUCAAAUAAUCUCAAGCUGCUGCCCAAAUUAUAAAUUUUCACAGCCUUCAAGCUCUCUACAAUUUCGCAAAGAUUUGUUCGGGAAAAUAAUAAUACCAAUAAAAUAUUAAUAAUUACAAACCAAAAACAAGGAGAAAAAAGAAGAAGGAAGAGAUGGGUGUGGAUUACUACAAGCUUCUGCAGGUGGACAAGAAUGCCAACGACGACGAUUUGAAGAAGGCCUACAGAAAGCUCGCCAUGAAGUGGCACCCUGAUAAGAACCCCACCAACAAGAAGGAAGCCGAGUCCAAGUUCAAACAAAUCUCUGAGGCCUACGAGGUUCUGAGUGAUCCCCAGAAGAGAGCAAUCUAUGAUCAAUACGGAGAAGAAGGGCUGAAAGGCCAAGUGCCGCCGCCGGAUGCCGGUGGGCCUGGCGGUGGAGCUACCUUCUUCCAAACUGGAGACGGUCCAAAUGUGUUUAGAUUCAACCCCAGAAACGCCAACGACAUUUUUGCUGAGAUUUUCGGGUUUUCGAGCCCUUUGGGCGGAAUGGGUGGAAUGGGCGGUGGCAGUGGCGGCAUGAGAGGUGGUAGAUCUUUCGGUGGAAUGUUUGGGGAGGACAUGUUUAGUUCAUUCGGAGAAGCCCGGCCCAUGAGCCAUGCACCACGAAAAGCUGAACCAAUAGAGAAGAGGUUGCCUUGCAGCCUUGAGGAGCUCUAUAAGGGGACUACCAAGAAGAUGAAGAUUUUGAGGGAAAUUGCAGAUGCAAGCGGGCUGACAAUGCCAGUGGAGGAAAUCCUAACCAUACAGAUCAAGCCUGGCUGGAAAAAGGGAACCAAGAUCACGUUCCCGGAGAAAGGAAACGAGCAAGGAAACAUGAUUCCUGCUGAUCUUGUGUUCAUAAUUGAUGAGAAACCACACCCCACAUUCGCAAGGGACGGGAACGACCUGGUCGUCACGCAGAAGAUCACUCUAGCAGAAGCUCUAAAAGGCUACACUGUCGACCUGACCACCCUAGAUGGAAGGAGCCUCAGCAUCCCCAUCACCAAUGUGAUCAGUCCAAACUACGAGGAGGUAGUCCCUAGAGAGGGAAUGCCUGUACCAAAGGACCCCUCCAAGAAGGGUAACCUCAGAAUCAAAUUCAGCAUCAAGUUUCCGGCAAGAUUGAGUGCCGACCAGAAGGCCGGAAUUGAGAAAUAUUUGCCGGCUUGAUUCGAAUUCGAGCCGCUGUGCUAUGCGAAACCAGGGCGCUUGUGAAUAUUUUUUUGGAUGGCUUGGGAUGUUUGUGUUACUAGUUUGUUAUGUAAGGUUAAACAUAUGUUAGUCCAAUAGGGGAGUGAAACACUUGUCCGUUGGAAUUCAUCUUUUUCUAAUUGUCCACAAUGCUUGUUUGAAAUAAUUACUUAAUUAGUCUCUUUCAACA